CAUUAUAGCUGUAAUACCUCUGGAUAUACUUUACGCUAUUUACGGCCCAAACUCAUUCUGUCGAGUAAACCGAAUGGUAAAGAUACACACGUACUGGGAGUUUUUCGGCCGACUGACGGCGGUGGCGGCGUUCCCCAACGUCACCCGAGUGGCCCGCACCCUGUUCUACAUGUUCUUCCUCAUCCACAUCAACAGCUGCGCCUACUACAUGGCCAGUCUGCUGCAGGGCUUCGGCUCCAACACCUGGGUGUACAACAACGUCGGCAACGCGUACGCGCGGUGCGUGUUUUUCGCCACCAAGACGGCCAUGUCGGUAGGCAGGAACCCCAAACCGACCAACGUCGCAGAGUAUGUGUUCAUGGCGGCCAGCUGGCUGCUGGGAGUGUUCGUGUUCGCCAUCCUACUCGGUCAGAUCCACGACAUUGUGGCGAUGGCGAGCCGGUCUCAGACAGAGUUUCGUGAGCGGCUGGACAAGGUGAUGCUGCUGCUGAAGAACAAGGGGGUGCCGCAGGAGACCCGUCAGCGGGUCAAACUCUGGCUGACCUACACCCAUCAGGAGGAUACCACGCCGACGGAGCACAACUGCCUCCUGAGCCUGCCGCUGAAGCUGCGGACCGAUGUGGCCAUGCAGGUCCACUACAGCACGCUGGGCAAGGUGCGCCUGUUCAGAGGCUGCGACAUCACCUUCCUCAGAGACGCGGUGCUGCAGCUGCAGCCGGUCGUCCUCCUUCCUGGAGAUUUCGUCUUCAGACAGGCAAGCACAGCAAAAGUUGUCUGA